AUAUACUACAUAUGUAAGAUUAAAAUGGUGAAUUUUCAAUGCUAAUUGAUAGCUACGUAUUAGUAUUUGUAGAACACGGGAAACACAAGUUGAUUUUUAUAUUAAAUAAGGGCAAACAGUGAAAAAUGUAAAUUUCAUGUUGAUGUGAUGUAUAUGGAGUAGAUGAUGUUUUUUUCAUGGCUUUUGCCUCCUGAUUUAGUGCGUAUUGACCGCCAGGUGGCAGAAGUGAGAUGGAUUCUGCGUCACGCCUUUCUAUUUAUUUAUUUAUUCGACUAUGCUUGGAGGUGUUCGUGUUUUUAAUACUAAAUUGUGCCCUUUACAUCGUUGUACGUCGCGCACACACGGGAUCGUGCUGUAGCAUCACUCUGCAGCCAUGGCGUACCCAUGAGGAGGACGGGGUGCAACUGGGUUCUUCCAGCGCCGUUUUACUUCUGCAGUUAUGUCGCGGUUUGUCUGCUAUCCUUCGCCAUGUCUCUGCUCCCCGCUUACCUGCUACUGUCAGCGCUGGUGAUUUUCUCUGAGGAUGGGCUGAUGAAGAAGGUAGAGGGCGGCCGGGUCGCUGCUCUCCGGGCCGAGGCCGGCAUCAUCGGACGGGGGGGCUCCGCCGCCCAGCGACGGCUGAAGCCGCUCCAGCAUGAGGUUCAGAGGGCUCCGCCGGCCGCAUCAGAUUCCACCUUUACCUUAAAGGUACAAGUGAGGGAUGGCAACAGCCAACAGUUCCUGAGCAAGGUUUCUGUGGAAGUGUUUGUGAAUUACACACGGACCAACUUUGCCCUCACAGCAGAGAAUGGGGCCGUCCUGCUUAAAGUGCCCUAUCAAAUGGGCCUGACACUUACCAUCGUAGCCAGCAUGGACGCGUACACCCUCACGCCACUGCCUUGGAAAACCAGCAAAAUGCCAAUUUUCUCCUCUGUGACACUUUCAAUGUUCCCUCAAAACCAAGGAAACAUUUGGCUUUUUGAGGAUUCUGUUAUGAUAACUGGACAGAUAUCUGACGCACUGACUCAACCAAGUGUGCAGUUUCCCAAGAACCUGCUGAAGCUGUCGGAGAGCAGAAACGUCUCCUCCAUCACUGCCUACUUGACAGUACCUCAGCUUCCUUCCGAGAAGGAUUGUUUCUUAUACAUUGUGGGCGUUCUUAUCAACAAGUCCGGUUUCCGGAACAUUGAGCUCAGUCCAGUGGCAGCAGUGAGUGUCCAGCUCCUAUCUUAUGGAAAGGAGGUCCAUGUAACCGGGCCAAUCCAGAUCACAUUGCCCCUGGCAGAAAAUUCUGGUCUGCGUGCUUCAGAUGCUAUACCAGCCUGGACAUUUGAUAUGAAGAUUGGUGCCUGGGUGAAUCAGGGUCUUGGAAUGGUGAAAAUGGAGGAGGAUGGUCUGGUUUGGACAUAUAUCGCACCUCAUCUAGGAUACUGGAUUGCUGCACCCUUACCUACAUCCAGGGGUUACAUGGGACAUGCAACUUCUCUGGACUUCAUCUCAUACCAUACGUACCUUCUCAUGGCAAUCCUGGGAGGAACUCUAAUUAUUGUUUUUGGAUUUGUAACUGUGCUGUUAUGUUAUUGUAGGGUGUGUGCGUGUGAACCAGAAAAUAAAAGAGUAAAUGUCACCAAAAUGGUGGCUUUGAAGAAAGACCAGACCACGUCUACUAACAACAAUGGGAGCAGGGAAAUAUCCUUCAAAGAUUCUACCCACCAUGAUGACAGAUCCUACUCAGUGGCGUCCACUAGUGGUGGCCGAAGAGAAGAGUAUGGUCCUUCUCGGCCACUGGGCAAAUUCAAUAUUUAUGUGGAGGAUGUGGGGCUCCAGUCUACCAAAGUAGGAAACAAAGGUCCUGAGUUCAUCAGGUCCCACCAAUCUCCUAUUUACAUCAACAGCCGUGAGGCAGUACGGCCGAAGGAAAUGGCAGAAAAGAAGGUCGUGCAACUCGGCCUGAAUGAGAAUGUGUUUUUUACUGAUAGACUGGUUCAUAUUUACAACCAGCCAGUGGCCAUUCUUCAGGCACCUGAGCUCUUUCAGUCCUCUGAACAGCUAGCUGGCUGCAAGUCAGCCACCCUUCCCCGGAAAAGCCAAAUGGCUAACGAGACUGAGCCAACGAGUAAAGACAGCUUUACCCAGACUCUGCCCAAGAUCUCUAUGCUCUCCCAUCUUCAACACCAGGCUAAUGAGGAGCAGCAGGUCCUGGAGGGUCCCCAGAGUUCUGCUUCCAACCCAGGAGCAUGGGGGCGAUACAACAACCUUUUGGAGUCUGUGUCUGUCCCGGGUACCCUGAACGAAGCUGUGCAGAUGGGCCCUUUGUGUAGCGAGAUUCAGGGCAUUUCAGAGCAGACCUUGCUUAAGCUUUCAAAAGGCAAACCCUCUCAGCAUCCUAGGGCCUGGUUCGUCUCACUGGAGGGCAAGCCUGCUGCCCAGGUGCGCCACUCUAUUAUUGACCUGCAGAAGAGGCACAGGCCAACUGACAGCAAUGACACCAGCUUGGACUCCGGGGUGGACAUGAAUGAACACCAUUCAAGCAAGAGACUCGAGAGGGAGAAGACCUUUGUGAAGAGCAUGCCCCACAGUAAGGCCCUGUAUGCGGAGGACCUGGAUUUGAGCAGCAGCGAGAGCGGGAACACCGCAGCCUGCACCCCCGAGGAUGUCACCUUGAGGAAUAUCCUGGACAGUGGAAGUGGGAGCAUUCCUAACAUCCCAGAGGAGAGAGAUGGUGCGGACACUUCCAGCACCCAGGAGGACAGCGAGUCCCGCUCAUCCCCUCCGCCACGUCGCCUAAGGAAGGUCAGAGACCGCAGCAAAGUAGACAAACAAAAAGCUACAUGGCACCUUCGAGAAGAGAAGCCACUGAUGAAACUAAACUAAUGCCAUUUAAUUUAAUCUGUUUUUAAAUGGGUGACAAACAGAGUGUAUAAUAAUGUUUCUGGUAACUGGAAAUUUACUUUGGCAAAGAUGAUCGAUAGACAACAGUUUGACCUUGUUGCAAAAAUUCACUGACCAGCCUGGCUAAUAAAGUGUUUUUUGGUCACCUUGAACAUUAGCUUUACUGUGCAAAUUGUACAUAGUGCAUAAGGUCUGUAGUGUUAUGAUUCUCGCUUCACACUUCAUCCAGGUAGGGUGACACAGAGCCAUAUUACACUGAAGAAGAAACAGAGAGUUAAUUGGAGGAUGAGAGUGGUGGUGGGUUAAGGAGACCACUGGGGAGGAGAGAAAGCAGAAGACAACUUUCAGUAUGGUGUGAGCUUGGUUUUUUUUGUUGUGGGGUGGGAGGUGGAAGGAAAACAAUUCACACAACCUUUGGGAAUAAAGCACAAAUAAAGUAAAUGUGCUCUUCUGAUUUUCCGAACUUGCUCAAAACUUGGUUGUUCACACUCAUCUCUUCUUCCCCACUCAAAUUUCUAUGAACAGUGUUGAGAGAAAUACUGACAUGGUUGAGAAAAUGUUGUUUGAAAGCUAUAGCAAGACAUCUAUGCAUGGUAGAUGAUAUGAUUCUAUGAACCAAUGAACAAAUUGUAUAUGCUUAAGGAGUAGAACUGAAAGAAGUAUAGACUUUACAGGAACCCAGGUCCUCUGUUACAAAAGUGGAGUGUUUGUGUGCAGCUUUGACAAUUUUCCUCUAACUGUCAUUGUAUAAUGGUUGGAAAGAGCAUGUCGCUAAAUAACAGUAACGUAAAUGAUAAAGUGAACUUUAUUAUCAUGCCAUCCAUGUACACAGUGGGACGAAAUAACGUUCCCACAGGACCCCAGGGCCACAUACAGACAGUGAGAGACAAGGGGAGGAUUUCCACAGUACUUAUACUGCAGAAUAUGGGACAGUGUGAAACAGGGGGGCUGGACACAAAGAAAAUAAUGAAGUGCUGCAGUGUUUGUAGUUUCAUCUUAAAGUUUUGCCACGCAGUAACAAGACAUUUUUCAUUGCAUAACGUUGGAAGGGCUCAAGGGAUUGAUUUUUAAAUCUUUGUGGCUGUAAUGUACAAUACACAGCAUAUAAUUUAUAUUCUACUUCUCAUCUAUUGAAGCUGGUGACAUUGUAUAGAUAUUCUAUAUAUUGUGAACAAGGUCACAGUGACAGAGUAUUCAUAGUGAAGAAUGAAAAUUACACACAAUAGUACAAGUAGAAUCCUAAGUUUGAUGAUUGUGUUUGAAACACAAACCUAACAAAAAACCACACAUCUUUCACGAAUCUCACUAUAUGUUACCAUUUCAGUAUGAAGAGUUGUUUAUGCCCUGUAAAUUCAGUGUAUAAAAAGGCACACUGGUCUGAAAUGGGAAAUGUAUUUGUUGUUUCUGAACAAAGUAUUUGAAAUGAGGAAUACGAAUCAUAGGUAUACUAGUUAAAAAAAAUGGAAAUGUACAUAUGAAGGCGACAUAUUUUCUCAUUGCUAAUUUUACAGCACAUGUUUCUAAAAGACUGAAUAGUCAGACAUGCAUUUAAUUUUAGCAGUUUUAGCAUUGUUGUGAUGACUAAUGUGUACAUCUUUGGUUUAAUGUUUACAGUUAAAGCUGAUAUGAGCACAGACUGUUUAAAAAUGGCUUUUAAGUUUCCCAUGUUUGUAUCAAAUAUGUUUCUCUGCAGUAUAUCUAAAUUAACAAGUCGUUAAUUUACAAUAGUCAGACAUAAUUUCAUUUGGACAGACAUUUUUAUGGAGUACGUUUUGUGUCAGUCUGCGUUUGUUUUAUUGAACCCAAAUUGAUGAUCUGUUGGUGGUUCUGCGUUUCAGUGCAACCAUACUGGUUUAACUGGUCACCAACCCAAUGUCUCUAAACAGCACUUUUGAUUGUCAUUAUUUGUUAUAAAUGUUACAGAAAUUGCAGCCCCAUCAAAUGCCUUCACUGUCAUCGAAUUUUGGAAAAGCCUGAAAAUACAUGUCAUUUUUAUGUAAGUAAAACAGGAAUUCGUAUGCACUUAGUACUGUUUCAUGUAAAAGCAUUGAGGUGUUUUACAUUUUUUUCCUUUUAAAUGAAUGGCAAUAGUUUGAGCCUAAUCAUUCCAGGUGUUAAAACAUGGCAAAAUGUAAUAUUCUGUAUAAUAGUGAUAAAUAUUCCUUAUUACAUUUUUGCCAAAUUGCUUAUCCUGGUCUGGCAAUACAUAUCUAAAUCAAAGUAUUAAAUUAAACUGGACUGGGACAAAAAAUGCAGUAAUGUCACUGUUAACUAAUACAUAAUAUAUGCAGAAAAAAAUCUCAGUCAAUGUAGAUUUAAAAUAAUUAGCUAAAUCAUAAAAAUAAACAAAUGUCUUAUUAAUGCUGAUUUGCAGAUAAUUGUCAAGUUGUAAUCAAUACCGCCCUUUUCCCCCUCAAUAUCAAAGAGUUUUUAUGAACCUUUUAAAGUAAUGUGGUAUUAAUUACUUGCUGGUUAUUGAAACAAUUUUUUAUCACUCUUUACUUAUUUUUUUUGCUUGGGGGGGCAAAACUUUUAAGGGGGAGUAUCCCCAUAAUUACAUAGCUAAUUUUAACAUAUGAUACAUAAAUCUGAAGCACAUGACAUAUUUAGUUCUCUACAAAUGUGAAAACUGUUAUAACUGAUGUCUCUUUGGGUGCAUGGCUGCAUGUCCAUUGUUAACUUGUGUUUUUAGUCUAAUACAAAAGUCCAUUAGAUGGACAUUAUGUUAUGUGUCUUCUUUGUUUCGUGUUUUAUACUUAAAAGUAAAUUGUCUGCCUUUUUUGUGAUGUUCUAUGCGUUACUAUAAAUAAAGUUUCUUUGCAAUGCAA